AUGAAGCUGAAGAUUGCCACGUCUGAUCCAGAUCUCUUACGAGGUAUGCGCGCCAUUCUGACUCUGCUGCUGCUGUUCGACUUUUACUAA